AUGUUGGAGGAUGUCUCGUUGACUGCUGUACAACGCGAAUCAGCCGGCGUCUUUUGGCAGAUGAGUUUGCAAGUGGAUUUGUCAAUUGGUCCUGGCGACUCGGUGACAAUGUCGCCUCGAUUCACUCCUCCACAUCGGCCGAACAACGAGAGGGGCAGUGACAAUCGUGGAGACAUGAUGGCUCUCAUCGUGGCCGGUUGA